UGCUACCGUUAUAAGAGCGGGGUGUUUGUCCAGACUGGUGGAGACAUGCUGAGGUGGACGUCGCUUCUGUUUCUAGCGGCGGUGGCCGCCAACCGCGUCAUGGGUGCCGCAGUGAUGCACGCGGUGUCGUCACUGAACGGAAGAAUAGUUAACGGCGAGCCAGCUGAUCGAGGCGAAUUCCCGUCACAGCUGUCCCUGCAGAAAAACGGCGCCCACUGGUGCGGUGCGUCCAUCAUCGGCGAAUAUUGGGCCAUCACUGCAGCUCACUGUGUGGACUCUGUUGACAGCUACGACGUAUUGGAGGUGCGAGCAGGCGUCACCAAUCUGAAGGAGGAGGGAUCGCUGCAUGCGGUUGACGUCACCACCGUUCAUCCACAGUACGAUGCGUCUGACUCUUGGGUCAACGAUAUUGCCUUACUUAAAGUAUCACCAGCCUUUCCAAUUGACGGGGUCACGGUGGCACCAGUACAGCUGCCAGCGCAAGGAGAGGAGGUUCCAGAUGGCGCCAACGUCACAGUGAUCGGAUGGGGAAGUCUCUGGUACCAGGGACCAAGCACAAACGAUCUGCAGAAGGAGGACUUACACAAAUGGAACCAAGAGGUGUGUGCAUCGAUUUGGGGCGACUUGGGAUACGCCAUCUACUCCUCGCAGAUCUGCGCUGCUCGUUUUGAGGAUGUGAACUACGGUACCUGUCAUGGUGAUUCUGGCGGUCCAGUGCUGUACGGGGGCGUGCUACAUGGUCUGACGUCAUGGGGGUACGAGUGCGCCACGCCGCCCUACCCCGGCAUCUACACACGGGUCGCUAGCUACGUCGACUGGAUCCAACGCCACACCGACACCUCGUGGGCGCCCAACUGGCGCCAUUAAAUCUGUAUCACUAUGUUGUCCAAACUGCAUCAGAUUUGUAGUGCUACCGUGCUGUGCUGGCAACUAACGUUCCUGCUCAUUUGACAAUAAAAAUAGUGAAGAACAAA